AUGCAUAUCAAGACCUCUUCGAUAUCUGGCGGACGAUUCCGGAAGCAAACUCGCAGAGCUCUCCCACUCUAUAUUGCUUGUGGCCUUCUCCUCCUCAUUUACACCCAGAUCGACCACUUCGAGCGUUUCCAGCGCACACCGGGCGAAGUAUUGAAACGCAUUAUGGCACAUCAGCAACCUGUUCACCGCGAGAAGAAUUCGAAAUUUCCCAAGAAAAUAUGGCAGACCUGGAAGACGGAUCCAUUGGAUUUCGAAGUCAGAGAAUCUGACCGCGCUAGAACCUGGCCACAGCUGAAUCCUGGUCACAGAUACGAGGUCCUGACGGACAACAAUGACCUGGCAUAUGUCGAGGAGCAUUUUGGGCCAAAUGGUGUAAUCUAUCGACCAGAUAUUGUGGAGACGUAUCGAACACUCAAUGCGACUAUCAUCAAAGCUGACCUCUUGCGCUAUCUUAUCAUGUACGCGGAAGGGGGUGUAUAUGCCGACAUCGAUGUGGAAAACUUGCGGGGGAUCGACACAUGGAUUCCAAAACAUUUUGACGAAAGCGACGUGGAUCUCGUCAUUAGUGUCGAAAUCGACGAGCCCGGUUUCGCUAAUCACAAAAUCCUGGGCCAGAAAUCUCAGUCCUUUUGUCAAUGGACCUUCAUGGCUAAGCCUCAACACCCUGUCAUGUUGAAGCUUGUGGAUCACGUUCUUCACUGGCUCAAUGAGGUAGCUCAGAAGCAAGCAGUCCCUAUCUCUGGUAUCAAACUCAACUUCGAUGAAGUCAUCACCGGCACAGGCCCAUCGGCAUUCACCAACGCAGUUUUGUCAGAAAUGGUCACUCAAACCCAUCGCCGCAUAUAUUGGGAUACCUUCCACGCCUUGACACAGCCAGUACUCGUAGGAAACAUACUCGUCCUCACCGUUGACGCAUUUGCUGCCGGCCAGGGCCAUUCAAAUUCCUUGAGCCACGACUCUCCAAACGCUCUCGUGAGGCACCACUACCAUGCUUCUCUCUGGCCAUCAAGACAUCCGCGAUUCAGCCACCCAGCGUAUGGAAUGGUGGAAGAAUGUAACUGGGAGCCGACCUGUGUUGAGGACUGGACUAAAAACACAGCUGCAUUCAACAGCCUCCCGUAUGAUGAAAGGGCCCGCCUGAUCCAAGCGAAAGAAAAAGUAGACAAGGAAGCAGAAGAAGAUGAGAUAGCCGAACAAGAGAUAUGGGCCCAAGAAGAGCUCGACAGGCAAGCACUUGAGACGAAAAUUCAAUGCGAAUUAGCGUCCUACGUCCACGUCGAAAAUCUCAGAGCCCCUACUCCCACCCCGGACCCCGCGACUCUAAAAUCACCGAAGGAUCAAGCAGCCACUGCCCAAGAACUCGAGAAGAUCACACAGCCUGGGACACAAAUGCAGCGCGAGCUCCAACAGUAA